UAGCCAUUAGCACAAGCUAGGGUUUGUUGUGACAACAAUCUUCCCCUCCUCAUCCGCUUCCAGAUGAAAAUACAAAAAUCGAAGCGCAGUGGAUCUCGCGAUCGACUCAGUGAGUUGCCCGACUCGUUAAUCUUCAACAUCUUUGAGUUGUUGCCGAUGAAUGACGUUGUUAAGACUACAAUCCUCUCCAAGCGUUGGAAAGAUCUCUGGACAACCGUCCCCUUCCUUAAUUUCACGGAUUCUUCGUUCCGAUAUGACCCAGAUAUUUCGAGUGCCCGAAACUUUGUUAAUCGGGCACUAAUACUGUGGAAAGGGAUUAAGAUUCUGAAAUUCACGAUUGAUUUCAGAUCACGAUAUGGCCAUUACACAAGUUUACUUACUGAUGAUUUGAAUGUGUGGGUGCGUUGGGCAAAACAGAAAGAAGUCGAAGAGAUACACUUACGCAUUAAGGAUGAUUAUGAACCGUACCAGUUGUCGGAGUGUCUCUACUCGUGUUCAUCGCUCAAAGUGUUAGUGUUGUCGCUCAAUGAAAUUAGCCUUUGGAGUAUUCCUGGGAAUAUCAAGUGUGAUAGGCUCAAGAGUUUAACGAUUGAUUCGCUUUACUGUGAUUUCAAUCAGAAAUUUAUCAGCCAAGCUUUGCGUGGAAGCCCUAAGUUGGAAGUAUUUAACUUGACUCUGCACGAAAGAGGAAGCGUGUUUAUCCAAUCCAGUAGCUUGAAGAAGCUCUCGAUUCGCAAGCCUCGUUAUGAAACAGAUAAAGAGCUGAAAAUUGUGACUCCGAAUCUUGAAACGUUGGAAAUUUUAGGGUCUCCAUACAGAAGAUGUGUGUUGAGUGGCUCCUCGUCUUUGACCGAUGUAACUCUUAGAUUUCAGGAACACAAGAGCUGGUAUAACAGCAUCGAACAUGAGAAUUUAUCUGCUGCUUCGUGCGAGCACGAUUGUGGGGAAACGUUGAGUCAAAUUCUUCCCUCAAUCCGACAUGUUGAAAAACUGAAAUUAUCGCCUUGGUGCAUCGAGGUGCUAGAGCGCACGAACAAGCAACAUUUGCUUUUACGCCCAUAUUUUAUAGUUAGAGAGCCUCUGAAAUUUGCGGGCCGGCGAGUAUCGUGUUUCGACGAUCGAGUAAAACGAAUCAUGCCAUCUUCACGCCCAUCGCAUUCUUAAUAAUUAAAAGCAGAGAUCUUCCUCGACUGCACUUGCUUCAUUUGGGUUAAUUUGUUGAAAAAAAUUUGCAGUUAUCCAAUCUAGUAGUUUGAAACGUCUGACAUUGAAAGUAUUUAUAUGAAUCUAUGAUGAUGAUUAUGUGAUCCAGAGACACAGCUGAGAAUCUGUACCGCAAACCUUGAAAUGUUGGGAAUAUUGAAUAUCAGGUGUUUCAUAAAUAGACUUUCUGCCAAAAGGUUGAACAAUAGAAUUGCAAGCAUGUUACCUAGGCAAACUAGUCAUAUAUUGAUGGCUUGUGUUUUUUAUGUUGUUUUUGUUUUUAUUUUUAGUUGUUCACUAUGCA